AUCAGAGCAGCCCAGCUUUUUUGUUUUUUGUCAUCAUCCCUGCACCCUGAUUUGGAAUGCCGUGGAAACGCCACAUAGGAGAAAAAGACAAUAGAUUUUGGCGUUUUAAGCUCUAAACAAAAAACUGCGACUCCUUCACAAUGUCAGAUUACCUUGUGGGAGUAGCUGGACCAAACUCUAUUGGUAUUUCAAGUUUGAAAUCCCUGUUUGACCAGACAAACAUUUCAGAUGAGGUAAUAGAUGGCCUAAUCUAUUUGCAGUGUGAGAAAAGCAUCUUUCAGAUGUAUGAGAAAUUGAUUGGAGCCUGUCUGGAAAACGGCAGCCACUGGACCUUGUUUUUUUGUGACAUACCCAAGAGGACCAUAGUCUAUAUGAAUUCAUUUGGAGAGUCGGAGGUCAGAAAAAGUGCGGUGUUGAAAAACUGGAGCUCAUUUGCUUCAGCAAGAGGCUGCACUGGAGAGUGGACUUUGUCACAUGUGAGCCACCCACAUCAACAGGAUGGGAACUCAUGUGGAGUGCAUGUCAUAAUGUUUGCCCAAUCUCUCAUUGAGGGUAAAACACAUGUGGAGGAGUACAACACUGAAAUCCCAAAGCUCAGGUCACGACUUUGCCACUACUUAUUUUCCUCAAUAGAUCGAACUAGGAAGUGCAGUCAGUGCUGGUGUGUGAUUGCAGCCAAAGACUGGGUGCAGUGCCAGAAAUGUGGUGCAUACAAGCACAUGCGUUGUUCAAAGUCUGUUUGUGGCAUCUGUAUCUUCUGUGAGACACAGUGCAGCACAGCAGAGGGAAAGGAGUUGUGCAGCAUAGUAGGUGGCUAUACAGGAGGAGCAAUAGAAGUAGCCAGCGAAGAAUGUCAUCAGGGAAAGCAUCAGGCAGCGAAUGACAAAGGAAAAGUUCCUAAGGGAGAGGACAUCUGCAGCAAACUGACAAGUAACAGUGAGAUAGGAGGACUGGCAGUCAGAGAUGAAGGUACACAGACUGAAGACAAAGAAAAAGAAACAGAAGUAUACAGCACAAGUCUGAGUACAGAUACUGCUGCUGAUGUUGACAGGAUCGAUGCAGAUACAGAAUUUCAAACUGAUUCAGAAGGAACUAGUACAGUUUACAGAGUGCAUGGUCGCUUAUCUGUACCAAGCUCAAAAAAGAAAACUUACACAAUAACAGAAGACGAGAUCAAGCGCAGAAUCCAAGCAGAGAACAUGUCAGUUCAUGUUUUCAGAGGUUUGAUUGGGGGCCGUAAAGCCAAACUGCCCGCAAUGAUUCUUGACAGGCCUAAGAAGGCCAAAACUAAAGUAACGGUGUUUAGUGUUCUGAGUGAAGAGGAAGCUGGGGAGCUAGCCCUCGGGUUUGCCGGAAGAUUGGCCUGCGAUGUCACAAGAGACAUGGUCUGUAAAGGCAUCGACCAUUCAAGCGCUGAUAUGACAAAACAGACUCUUCGCAAAAUCCAACACAACCUUAAACAGGAACUGACUGAUUCCUCAACCUUCAGUUUGCUGACACACACCUUUGGCCCUGCUGCACUGGAUUCUGUCAUUUCUUUCUUGUGUGAAAAACUGGAUCUUGUCUCUUAAAUAAUGAAACCUUUUGUGACUUUUGUUUGUUCUGUAAAUCAGAAUCUUGAAAAUUGUUCACUGUUGUUUUAAGUUUGUAUUAAGUUAACUAUUUGGCAAAAAUGUUUGGUUCCUAAUCCAAACAGCAUAAUGACUGUUCUAACACAUGUCUUAAAAAUGCUACAAAGAAAGAAAAUUAUCACAUAUGUUUCAAUAUGAAUGUAAUUGCGUCACACUCGGUUUGUAGUAGCUUUCCUGUUUUAUUUUGUGAGUUUUGGUAUGUUCAUCUGACCAAGAACUAAUGAUUGUUUUGCAGACACCUUUAAUGAAAUCAAACAUGGAGAACUAUGCAAAACAGUUAGUAUUUGUGGACACCACCCACUGUGUUAACCAGUAUUCAUUUCCCUUAUUCACACUUGUUGUAAGAGAUGAUCAUGGGCGUGGAGUCCCUGUAUGGUUGAUAGAAGAGAACAUGUUCUUGAUGUUUUCCAUUAAGUAAGGUAUGUACACUUUGACUGUCUCUACAAUUAAAGUGCUUCUUCCUCAUCAUGCAGGUUCUAACACUGUCAAUGUCACGUGGUGUGACAAAAUGCUCUCUGUUGUGAAGAUCUCUGUGUCCAUGUUCUUUGGCCCAUUUAUGACAUUCGGUUAGUAUGAUGGCUGGCUUAGUUCCAAGGGAAAGCAGUUCCUCAAUCUUCCUCCUCAAACCACUGGAAAUAUUGUUGAAAUGUGCGUCUUUUGGGUCCGAAGGAUCAUGCCCAUCAUGCUUAUCAUAUGUACGCUGCACGAUGACUGUGUGGUCUUUCCAACAUUUGAGUACUUUAAAUGAAACAUAGGCCUUACAGCCCACUG